CCCACUCCAACCAGGUCACAAUGGCUGGAGCUCUGAAGGGUCCAGGUCCUCUGAGCCAGGAGGAGAGGAGGAAGUCCAAGGAAAGAUGGCUGGUAGUCACCCCUACUUCAACCUGCCCGACUUCACCCAGCCAUCGCCACCCUCCACUCCACCCAGCCUACCCUCGAACCAGCGCUGCCGGCUCUCUGAUGCCACCAAGGGCCUGCUUGUGGCCCUGCUGGGUGGUGGCCUGCCUGCUGGCUUCGUGGGACCUUUCUCUCGUAUGGCUUACCAGGCAUCCCAUUUGCCCUCACUGGAGCUACUCAUGUGCCGAUGCCUCUUCCACCUCCCCAUUGCCCUGCUCCUUAAACUUCGUGGUGACCCCCUGUUGGGACCUCCUGAUGCCCGGGGCCGGGCCUGCCUCCACGCUGUACUCAACGUCCUCAGCAUUGGAUGUGCCUACAGUGCCGUGCAGGUGGUGCCUGUUGGCAACGCUGCCACUGUUCGCAAGGGUUCUUCUACCGUCUGCUCUGCUCUCCUCGCCCUCUGCCUUGAGAGCCAGGGUCUCAGUGGCUAUGACUGGUGCGGCCUGUUGGGGAGCACCGUGGGACUAAUCAUCAUUGUAGGGCCUGGGCUAGGGACACUGCAGGAGGGGACCACAGGCCUCUACACUGCCCUAGGCUAUGUGCUGGCUUUCCUGGGGGGCAUGGCACUGUCGCUGGGGCUUCUGGUGUAUCGCUCCCUGCACUUCCCCUCCUGCCUACCGACCGUGGCCUUCCUGUUUGGCCUAGUGGGGCUUCUGGGCUCUGUACCAGGCGUCUUUGUCCUGCAGACACCAGUCCUGCCCAAUGACCCUCUGAGUUGGAGCUGUGUGGGGGCAGUGGGAAUCCUCGCCCUCGUCUCCUUCGUGUGUGUGAGCUAUGCAGUCACUAAGGCCCACCCUGCCCUGGUGUGUGCCGUCCUGCACUCUGAGGUAGUAGUGGCCCUGAUGCUGCAGUAUUAUGUGCUCUAUGAAGCGGUGGCACCUUCUGACAUCAUGGGGGCAGGAGUUGUGUUGGGCAGCAUUGCCAUCAUCACCGCCCAGAACUUCAGCUGUGAGAAGGAGGAGAAGGAGGAGAAGAAGGAGAAGAAGAGAGAGAAGAAGGAGGAAGAGUGA